AUGAACAGAACACCAUCCGCCACAGGGCCUCCGCCACCACCGCCAUCAAAGACCAAGGAAUUGGAUAUUCCACUCCACACCAUCGGCUUUGAAAUCGAUUGCCUUUCGCCUCAAAAAGUUUCGGGCCACGUUUUGAUUUCUGAAAAGUGCUGCCAGCCGUUCAAGGUGCUUCAUGGAGGUGUUUCGGCACUGAUAGCCGAGUCUCUAGCAAGCAUUGGGGCCCACUUAGCUUCAGGCCUUCAGAGAGUGGCCGGCGUACACCUCAGCAUCAGUCACUUAAAGAGUGCAAAAUUAGGCGAUUUUGUUGUUGCCGAAGCUAAGCCUGUGAACAUAGGGAAAAGUAUUCAGGUUUGGGAAGUGAACUUAUCGAAGUCCGAUUCUUCAAACUCUGAGACCAAAACGUUGAUUUCAUCGUCAAGAGUUACUCUUCUUUGUAACUUGCCUGUGCCCGAGUCACUCAAGACUGCUGCUCAAGGUCUCAAAAAGUACGCGAAACUCUAA